UUCCCCUAAAGGGCAGGAUCGCAGAGCAACCGGCCGCAGGCCAGCGCUGAGAGACUUCACUGGGCAAGGCGACCAAGUGAGGAGUCCGGUGGGGCCACUCUCCGCGGCAGAGGAGCUGUCUACCCGCCCGCUCUCCGGGCUGCCCUGCUCUCCCUUCGCUUCCUCCUCUACCCUGCUCUCCCUGGCACCAUGGACACUUCCCCGGCCGGUGCGCUCCUGUUCUGGGCGCUCCUGCUGCGGUGGGGGCGGCUGGCUGGAGGGAGUCCCGCGGAGACCCUGGCGGUUGGACAGCUGGGGUGCCCGACGCACUGUCAGUGCGAUCAGGACGCCAGGAUGCUGCUCAGGGUGGACUGCGCCGACCUGGGACUCACGGAAGUCCCCGCCAACCUCAGCGUCUUCACUUCUUACCUUGAUCUCAGUAUGAACAACAUCACUAAGCUGCCCCCAAACCCCCUGCACAAUCUCCGCUUCCUGGAAGAGUUGCGACUCGCAGGAAAUGGGCUGACAGGCAUCCCCGAGGGAGCAUUCGCUGGUCUUUUCCGUCUUAAAGUGCUUAUGCUGCAGAAUAAUCAGCUAAGACAGGUCCCUUCAGAGGCUCUCCAGAAUUUGAGAAGUCUUCAAUCCCUGCGUUUGGAUGCCAACCAAAUCAACUACGUCCCACCCAACUGCUUUAAUGGCCUGAUCUCCCUGAGACACCUGUGGCUAGAUGACAACUCUUUGACUGAAAUCCCUGUCCAGGCUUUUAGGAGUUUAUCAGCAUUGCAGGCCAUGACCUUAGCUCUGAACAAAAUACACCACAUACCAGACUAUGCCUUUGGAAACCUCUCCAGUUUGGUAGUACUACAUCUCCAUAACAAUAAGAUCUACUCCCUGGGAAAGAAAUGCUUUGAUGGGCUCCACAGCCUAGAGACUUUAGAUUUAAAUUACAACAAUCUAGAUGAGUUCCCCACUGCAAUCAGGACACUCUCAAGUCUCAAAGAAUUGGGAUUUCAUAGCAACAAUAUCAAGUCAAUACCAGAGAAAGCAUUUGUAGGCAACCCUUCCCUUAUAACAAUACACUUCUAUGAUAAUCCAAUCCAACUUGUUGGGAAAUCUGUUUUUCAACAUUUACCUGAACUGAGAACACUGACUUUGAAUGGUGCAUCGCAAAUUACUGAAUUUCCUGAUCUGACAGGAACAACGAGUCUGGAAAGCCUGACUCUGACAGGAGCACAGAUCACCUCUCUUCCCCACAACGUCUGUGAUCAGUUACCUAAUCUUCGAGUGCUGGAUCUGUCUUACAACCUGAUAAAAGAUUUACCUUGUUUCUCUGUUUGCCAAAAGCUUCAGAAAAUCAUCCUGCGUCAUAAUGAAAUCUAUGAAAUUAAGGCAGAUACUUUCCGUCAACUGAUUAUGCUUCGUUCACUGGACCUAGCUUGGAACAAAAUUGUCACUAUUCACUCCAAUGCAUUCUCCUCUUUGCCUUCUCUGAUAAAGCUGGAUCUAUCAUCCAACCUUCUGUCGUCUUUUCCUGUGACUGGGUUACAUGGUUUAACUCACUUAAAAUUAACAGGAAAUCAUGCCUUGCAGAAUCUGAUAUCAUCUGAAAACUUUCCAGAACUCAAGCUGAUGGAAAUGCCUUAUGCUUACCAGUGCUGUGCAUUUGGGGCUUGUGAAAACCUCCACAAAAUUUCUAAUCAGUGGAAUAAAGGUGAUAACAGUAGUCUUGAUGAAUAUCACAAGAAAGAUGUCGGAAUGCUGCAUUUCCAAGAUGAACGUGAUUUAGAGGACUUCCUUCUUGACUUUGAAGAAGACACCAAAGUCCAUCAUUUAGUACAGUGUUCACCGCCUCCAGGGCCCUUCAAACCAUGUGAACAUCUAUUUGGUAGCUGGUUAAUCAGAAUCGGAGUGUGGACCAUCGCGUCUUUGGCUUUCGUUUGUAAUGCUUUGGUGACCUCAACAAUCUUCAGAUCUCCACUGUAUAUUUCCUCUAUAAAACUUUUAAUUGGAUUGAUAGCAGUGGUGAACACCCUAAUGGGCGUCUCCAGUGGUGUCUUGGCUAGUGUCGAUGCAUUAACUUUUGGCAGUUUUGCUCAAUAUGGUGCAUGGUGGGAGAGUGGAAUAGGUUGCCAAAUCACUGGUUUUCUGUCCAUUUUUGCUUCAGAGACGUCUGUUUUCCUACUUACCCUGGCAGCCCUUGAACGUGGGUUCUCUGUAAAAUGUUCUGCAAAAUUUGAAACCAAAGCAUCUUUUUCCAGCCUGAAAGCCAUAGUUUUGCUUUGCUUUCUGUUGGCCCUGACCAUCGCUACAGUUCCCCUGCUCAGUGGCAGUGAAUACGGUGUGUCUCCCCUAUGCUUGCCCCUGCCUUUUGGAGAACCCAGUACUACCAGUUACAUGGUAGCUCUGGUCUUACUGAACUCCCUUUGUUUCCUUGUGAUGACCCUCACUUAUACUAAGCUCUACUGCAGUUUGGAAAAGGGAGAACUAGAAAAUAUUUGGGAUUGUGCAAUGGUGAAGCACGUAGCUCUGUUACUCUUCACCAAUUGCAUCCUUUAUUGCCCUGUGGCUUUCUUGUCCUUUUCCUCUUUACUGAACCUCACAUUUAUCAGUCCUGAAGUGAUUAAGUUUAUUCUCUUGGUGAUUGUCCCACUCCCUGCUUGUCUCAACCCCCUUCUCUAUAUUCUUUUCAAUCCAAAUUUUAAGGAAGACAUGGGAAACUUCCGAAAGCAAACAUUCUUGCGGAAAAGAUCAAAAUACCCAAGUCUGAUCUCUAUCAACUCAGAAGAUGUGGAGAAACGAUCUUGUGAUUCAACACAAGCUUUGGUCACCUUUGCCAGUGGCAACAGCUCUUAUGACCUGACAUCUUGUUCAAAAGGACCACCAUCUUAUCCAAUGACAGAAAGUCGUCGUCUUUCAUCUGUGACAUUUGUUCCUUGUCUCUAAUUGAGUUGCAAGACAUAAAGAGAAAAUGUUUACAAAAUUUGCAAACCCCAGAGGGGAAGAUGGGUGGUAUAGUUGGUGGGACAGGGGUACAGUGUUCUUUAACUGUUCCAUGUACCUGAGAAGUGGUAUCUUAAAAAAAAAGUUGAACUAGAACCUUGAUUUUUAAAAAAAUCCCCUCUCAAUCAGUGUGAAAAAAAUUGAAACUUACUGACAUUUGGGAUAAAAAAUGAGCGGAAGGUAUCUGAUAGUGCCAAUUUGGUUGUUUUUACCAACAAUUGAUUUUUUUUUUUUACCAGUACACCACAAAUAGAAGAAUUAAAUGCUCUUCAAGGAUUCGCCAUAAUUUUAAUCUACUUCUCCCUAAACUCAUCUACAAAGAGUUUUAAAAGAAGACAUUGACCCACAAAGUGGGUUCCAUAAGGCCUUAAAUUCUUUAUAGGGUGGUUGAAAGAAAGUCGAAAAUCAUCUUUAUUACUAAGCAUAAGAUAUGACAAAGAGUAUUCUGAUUCUCUGGAUUUAUGCAUAGAGAGUUCUGUGUCCCUUCCACCUUUCCUAUUUAUAACAGGCUUCUUUCAGAUCACUAAUCUGCCUGGUCUUAGAGUGCAGAAUGUUAUUAGCAUGCCCAUAUUUGGAGAGCAUUUUAUACGUAGUCCUAUUUGCCGUUUCAGGCACUAGCGACUGGUUUAAAAGCCAGUUCGUCCUCCAGUAAGAUAGAACUGUACGAACAUUUCCAAGGCUAAAUGAACUCAAAUUAUUAUCAAGGAAAUAAGGGGAAGAUGGCUUCUGACUGGCCUCAUUCAUCUUUAAAUCCCUGGUACCAAAAUCUGGGGUUUCAGGAUCAAAGUUCAUUGCUGGCAAUGGACAUCCAUAGAAAUGACAAUGAAUGGAUUUGGGGGGUUUUGGGGUGGGAGGAUGCUUUUAGCUAAAGACUAUAGCAAUCAGGUGUUUUGAGUUCAUAGGCAUGGUGGAAUGGUGAUUAGUAGAGACAUAUAUUAAAUCAGUCUACAUGAGAAUCUCAAACCUACUAACGCUAAAAGCUACGGCAAUAAGACAACAUGAAGCUAGAGAGUGAGUCCUGACACCCCUUCGGCUCCAUGGAUACAUGAUCCUUUCACUUAGCUUGAUUUUUAGCUGCAUUCCAUCUGGGCUGCACCGCUUGAUGUCAGUGGCAUUCCCUCUCCACUUUUCCAUAUUUAAUACAUGUGUAAAAUAUUUUGAGAAGCAAAAUAAUGAAGCACGGGAAGUUACAAGAUUAAUUCAUAGCUUCUUUUAUCAGAAUGUUAUUAGUCCACCAGGCAUCCAAAACAAAUAGCUGUUGGGUGGGUUUAUUUUUAUAAGCAUGUUUGAAAUAUUUUGAUCAGAUGUUUUAAUUUGGAAUUGAAAAAAUGCAUUUAUGAGAUUUUUAUAAGAUUUGUAAAUAUAGAACUGUAUUUAUUAUUACAAUAUGAUGCAAUAAUCAUAAGGGACACAACAGUAAACCAUGUACAGUUGCAGCCUACUACUUAGAUAUUACAUUUCCUGACCAAUUAUUUUCCUAAAUUUAUUAUAUGUAUAUAAUAUAUGUAAAUGUGUAGUGCCUGUAAAUAACUUACAUACUUGCUUUUCUAUUGGUAUAAGAAAUAAAAGGAAUUUGUAAUAAA